CUCUCUCUCUUCCUCAUUUGUUUUCUUCUUCAUUAAGAUCGGAAGUUUCCGAGUUUUCGCAAAUCCAAUCGUUGUCGCGGUCUCUCUCUCCCCAGAGCAGUGAGUCGCAAUGCCGAGUGGAUGCGCGAUCCUCUGCGAAAUCCUCAUCGCCAUCUUGCUUCCUCCUCUGGGCGUCUGCUUCAGGCAUGGUUGCUGCAGUGUUGAGUUCUGGAUCUGCGUGUUGCUGACGAUCCUUGGUUACAUCCCAGGAAUCAUAUACGCUCUCUAUGCGAUCGUGUUUGUCAACCGCGAUGAGUUCUUCGAUGAGUACCGGCGUCCGCUUUAUGCCGCCGCCUAGCCUUUCUCCAUAUUUGCCAUCUUCAGCCUUUGUAUGCUGUAAUUUGAUGGUUUAAACUCAGUACUGUGCCCGUUUCACUGUAUACUUGGCUAAGAAUUCCGUUGUGAUGAAUUGAUGUGACUAUUGAUCUGGUAUUACUUGUUCCA